UAGUCAACAACAAGUUUACUCAAUCGAUAGCAAACCCAAUCCACAGUGUGUCACUGGACGACGCCGAGUAGGCCAAUUCUUCAACUCAGCACAAUCGAUGCAAAGUUCACUGGUGGUGUUGAAAAGAGAGUUGAGAAGGAGAACACGGGAAAAACUAAAACAACUCAAGGAAGAAGUUGUCCUAGUGGAAAGUAAAAAGAUCACAGAACGAUUGGCAACUUGGACACCGUUUCAACAGGCCAGUUCUGUUGCUUGUUACGUCAGUUUUACAAAGGAAGUAGAUACUCGUGAAAUAAUCAGACUCAUAUUGGAAUCCAACAAGCGCUGUUUUCUUCCCAGAAUACAAGAAGACCAUACUCUAUGGUUUUAUCAAGCACAUAGUUUAGAACAAAUAUUUUCUUGGGAACCCAAUCGGUGGGGUAUUCGGGAGCCUCCAGUGACACAGCCCGUUCUUUGUUUGGAACGAGAUUGUCUAGAUUUGGUAAUAGUUCCUGGCCUUGCUUUUGAUGUAAUGGGACAUCGAUUGGGACGUGGAAAGGGUUAUUAUGAUCGAUUUAUAUCGCAAUGCAAACAAGUGGCCCAACAAAGAGGGAUUCAGCCUCCCUUAUUUGUUGGAGUUGCAUUAUCGGCGUCGAUGGUGGAGAACGUCCCAGUAGAUGAAGAAGACCAACCCAUGGAUAUUGUUCUUUCUCCUAUAUCUGGUUGACGGCUUCCUUACUUUCGCCAA